AUGUCCGUCACCUUUUCUACGACAAAAGCCGUAGCAGCUAUUUGCGUAGCAAUGUUAGUCGAACGAGGACGACUUCGAUAUGACGACCGCGUUUCCACCUACUGGCCGGGAUUUGCCAGACAUGGAAAAGAGAAUAUCACUGUUCAAAUGGCACUUUCUCAUGAGGCAGGGUUGGGUUACUUAGACACACCCAUAACGGAAGAGAUCGCCGCUGAUCACAACAAAAUCAGAGAAAUCCUUGAAAAUGAGGAGCCCAAAUGGGAACCCGGUAGGAAGAAUGGAUACCAUGCUUACACCUUUGGAUGGAUUGUAGAUCAAAUCGUUCGCCACGUAGACGAAAAACAAAGAAGUAUCGGGCAGUUUCUGAGAGAAGAGAUUACAGGGCCAAAUCAUAUCGACUACUAUAUUGGUCUGCCUUUUGAAGAGGAAUAUAGAGUGGCAAGAGUAACCGUGCCGUCUAUUUGGGAACGGCUUAGUGAAGUUCUAUACGAUUGGCGUGUAUCAUGGUACUUCCUUUCUCUUUGGAAGUUAGUCAGGGACACUCCAUUAUCUCGAGCAGUCAAUAAUCCCUCAUGGUUGCAAGCUGUUUCUAAAUGUACUUUGAACAAUCCAGAUUAUCACCAUCUUGAACAGGCUGCUGCUCUGGGAAUUGGGAAUGCCAGGUCUUUGGCCACGAUAUUUGAUCUUGUAAGUUGCUUUGUAUAG